AUUAGUUUGCUGGGCUGAAAUUUCAAUUUGGGGCAUCAAUCUUACUGCCGCCAACAUGCUGAAUCUCGAGUUUUCUGGUACGUGUUGGGCAACUCGAGACAACGCCACGAUUGCUGUUGGUUGCAUCAUUGCCUAUAGCGUGAUUCGAACCAUCUACUUGUUUUGGUUUCAUCCUCUGGCCAAAUAUCCUGGACCCAAGAUUGCUGCAGUUUCCAACGUCUGGUAUGGAUACCAAUGGCUAUCCGGCCGCUACCCAUGGGCGAUGCAACGGGCCUUCAAAGAAUACGGCGAUGUUGUUAGAAUUGCUCCCAACGAGCUGGUCUUCAUUACUCCGAAAGCUUACACAGAUAUCUACACCAGCAGCAUCAAUGGACGACCAGGCUUCGUCAAGUCGGACAUGCUUGACACUGGAGACAAGUAUGAAGGCUUGGCUUCGGAGAGAGACAUUGACAAGCAUCGAGCUGCCCGCAAGCAGCUGGCCCCUGCAUUCAGUCCCCGUUCAUUGAAGCAGUAUGAACCCAUCAUUCAUGCUGACGUAGACGAGUUUGUGGAGGUGCUUAAGAACUCACCUGCCACUGAAGAUGGGGUCGAUAUUGCUCCAUGGUUUGAGAGAGCCACCUGCGAUCUUGGUGGCUCGAUCACUCUCGGCCACAAUUUCAGAAACAUUCAAUCCGGCCAAAACCACCCUAUCUUAGAGUCACUGCUGCGCAUCGGUCACUGGGCCACAUUCCGCAACGUCAUGCGCCGCUUCCCCCUGCUCUACCCGCUCUCAUAUGUAUUCUUGCCGCCAAAGGUUGCGUUCAGCUACUUCAGAGCUCACUCGACGAGCAAGAAGCUCAUUCGAACCCGUGUCGAGGAGCGUCACGACCGUAAGGACCUGGACUACAUGACACAGUUUCUGAAGAACGAGGAGGCGCUCCCGCCAGAUGGCUUCCUCGUGUCUCAAGCCGGCCAUCUAAUUCUUGAUCAUUAUGAAUCCUCGAGCGUUUUGACGGCCGGCAUGUGUUUCUUGACAACGAACGACAAAAUCAUGAACAAGCUGCAGACGGAAUUGAGGGCAACCUUCAAGUCAUAUGAAGACAUCACGGAGGAUAAACUUCAGGAUCUGCCUUGGCUGAAUGCGACUAUUGAGGAGGUCAUUCGACUUCACACGAAUGUCCCCUACGGACUCCCAAGAAUCAGUCCUGGCCAUAUCGUUGAUGGGAACUACGUGGCGAAAGGUGUCGUCGUUUCGUCUUGCGCAUAUGCCACAACGCACUCAGAGAAGUACUUCAGCAAGCCGUACGAAUUCAAGCCUCAGCGAUGGCUCCCCAAAGACCACGCAGAGUAUGACCAUGCCUUUGAUGACGAUGACCGAGCUGCUUUUAGGCCCUUUAGUGCCGGAUCUCGCAACUGCCUCGGCCAGGCUAUGGCCUAUUUGGUGCUUCGCAUCAUGUUUGCGAAGCUUUGCUGGAAAUUCAAGUGGGAACUCUUGAACAAGAGUGAGAUGGAUUGGGACCGGGAUCUGCGGCUUUACAUAGUAUGGCAAAAGCCAAAGGUGCACGUUCGCAUCACUCCAUUCGAGAGAAAGGUGUGAUCAGAGACGUUACCAAGUCUUACGCAGACAUCCAAUUCAUGUAUGUAACUACUAGUUUAGCUUUAGCUUCGAAACAUGCACUCCGU